CUCCGGACGCGCAGGCUCAGCGGCCAUGGCUCACGGGCCCAGCUGCUCCGCGGCAUGUGGGAUCUUCCCGGACCAGGGCACGAAUCCGUGUCCCCUGCAUCGGCAGGCGGACUCUCAACCACUGCGCCACCAGGGAAGCCCCUCUCCUAUUUUUUAUUUUAAUAAAACUGUAACCCUGAUUAAAUCUGAUUCUUCACCUCUUAGGUAGCUGAAUGUGGCUCUAGGAAAGCACUGAUUGGGCCUCACUGGAAGUGCAUGACCUCAGCUCUCAAGUGCAUCCUUUUGCUGCUCAGUGGUCUCACCUCAGUGCCCUUGUCCAGUCCCUCUCCAGUCCAUUUCCUUUCCAGCUCUCCGUAAGGAUGGGGUGGCUCCAUCUCAGACCCACAACUCUUCCUCCUAGGGCCUACUUUCAGUUGAUUUCCGUACUUGGUACUUUACUGAGAAAAUUGAACUUCCACAUGACUGUACUGGCUUAUAAGUUUUUCUUGGUGUAUUUAGGUGUGGUUUUUAAAAUUAUUUGUUUCUUUGGUUAUUUGGGGUUCUUGAAUCAGUGAAUUAGUGUAUUUCAUCAAUUCUGGAAUUCGCUUAUUAGCCUUUAUCUCAAAUAUUGCCUCUACCCCAUUCUUUUCUGAGACUUCAAUGUAAAAACUUCUCACUUUGUCUUUUCUUUCUUAACAUCUCUUCUGCAUUUUCUAUCAUUUUGCUCUCCAUGCUGCCUUCUGGAUAACUUCUUUUACCUAUAUUCCAGAUUCCUUAUAUAUCUUCAUUUGUGUGAGCUGUUAUUAAAUGUGGGUUCUUAAUUUUAGCAAUUUUAUCUUCCGGUUCUCAAAAUUCUAUUUGUUCCUUUACAGGUUUGCUGUCCCUUGAAAUUUCCUGUUCCUUGCAGAUCUUUUCAGGCUUAUCUUUUAUUUCUUUCAACAGAGUAAGCUUAAUUUUAUCAUACGGGUACAGUAAUUCUGGCAUCCUGAAGUCUUCAGUGGGUAUUGGUCUAUGUCCAAUCAGGAAGAGAGAGAACACUGAGAUGUUUCAAGCAGAGAAGGAUUUAGUGAAGUAUUUGAUUGCAAAGGUGCUAGAAGGGUUCAGGGAGGAGAGUUGGCUGCGGGAGGCAUGGCUGCUGAUGCCCUGAGCUCUCCUGCAACUAUGUUUGCCUCUUCUGCUCUUUCCCACUCCCUUUUAAUUUCCCACCAGUGCUUCUUCCCUUUGGAGCAACCUAGGAAGAUUCCAGCUGGCAAGAAGUCUUGUAUAUAUAGUUUUCAGGCCUCUAACCCUCUGCAACAAAGGCAGAAAAGAACUGAAUACCAACAGACAGAGUCUUCUCUUGGUUCUUGCUCCUAAAGUCGUGUUUGUCUUUGUGUGCCUGGUUAUUUUUGGAUACUUGCAUUUCAGAAUUACUUGGAAUAAUUCAAAGCCUUGAAUCUUUUCCUCUGCUUGUCAGAUCCCUGGGUGGCCUACCUGUCUGGGAUAUGAGAUGACAAAAUCAGCGAUGUCUUGGCAUUGCCAAUUUUCAAGCAGGAAGAUUCCAGCCUUCCAUUGGAUGACGAAACCAAACACCCGCCCUUCCAGUAUGUGAUGUGUGCAGCAACGUCACCAGCUGUGAAGCUGCACGAUGAAACGCUCACGUACUUGAACCAAGGCGAUGAAAAAUGGAUGCUGUACAAUAAUGUGGAAUGGAAGAGAUCGUGGGGUCAGUCUUACGAAAUUCGCAUGCUGGAUAAUCGGAAAAUGGGAGAUGUGCCUGAGAUCACUGGAAAACUGGUAAAGAGCAUCAUAAGAGUUGUGUUCCAUGACAGACGGCUCCAAUAUACAGAGCAUCAGCAACUUGAAGGUUGGAAGUGGAAUCGCCCAGGAGACAGACUCCUCGAUUUAGAUAUUCCAAUGUCUGUGGGAAUAAUUGACACAAAGACAAAUCCAAGCCAGUUAAAUGCAGUUGAAUUUCUGUGGGAUCCUGCAAAACGCACAUCUGCUUUCAUUCAGGUACACUGCAUCAGCACAGAAUUUACUCCCCGGAAGCACGGAGGUGAAAAGGGAGUGCCUUUUAGGAUCCAGGUUGACACCUUUAAGCAGAAUGAAAAUGGAGAAUACACAGAUCAUCUACACUCAGCUAGCUGCCAAAUCAAAGUUUUUAAGCCGAAAGGUGCAGAUAGGAAACAAAAAACUGAUCGAGAGAAGAUGGAGAAGAGAACCGCUCAUGAGAAGGAGAAGUACCAGCCGUCCUAUGACACCACGGUCCUCACAGAGAUGAGGCUUGAGCCUAUAAUUGAAGAUGCAGUUGAACAUGAGCAGAAAAAGUCCAGCAAGCGGACUUUGCCAGCAGACUACGGUGAUUCUCUGGCAAAGCGAGGCAGUUGCUCUCCAUGGCCCGACACCCCCACCGCCUAUGUGAAUAGCAGCCCUUCCACGGCGCCCACCUUCACGGCCCCGCAGCAGAGCGCUUGCAGCGUCCCGGACAGCAAUUCUUCUUCCCCAAAUCAUCAAGGAGAUGGAGUUUCACAGGCCUCUAGUGAACAACUUCAGCCUUCAGCCACGAUCCAGGAAACACAACAAUGGCUGCUCAAAAACAGAUUCUCUUCCUACACAAGACUGUUCUCCAAUUUUUUAGGUGCCGACUUGUUAAAACUGACAAAGGAAGAUCUAGUACAAAUUUGUGGUGCAGCCGAUGGAAUUCGGCUCUAUAAUUCACUGAAGUCAAGGUCGGUGCGGCCCCGCCUGACCCUCUACGUCUGCCGCGAGCAGCCGGCGCCGCAGGGGCAGCAGCAGGCAGUGGGUGGCGGGGGCGACAGCAGCGCCGCCACACCCUACGUUUAUCAUGCAAUCUACUUAGAAGAAAUGGUUGCUUCAGAAGUUGCUCGAAAACUUGCGUUGGUGUUUAAUAUUCCUUUCCACCAAAUUAACCAGGUUUACAGACAGGGUCCCACCGGUAUUCACAUUCUUGUUAGCGAUCAGAUGGUUCAGAACUUUCAAGAUGAGAGUUGUUUUUUAUUCUCCACAGUAAAAGCUGAAAACGGCGGUGGCGUCCACAUAAUUUUGAAGUGACGUCUUGACGUAGUCUGAACUCUAUUCAGCACCAGUUAAAGUUACGCUUAAAAGUGUGUGAAGACUGAAUCCAAGAAGUCUUGGGAUUGGAUUUUACCGUAUGAAAUGUUUCAUAUUGAAAACACAGGAUGACCCUUCUCACAAGCUGGAUGAGAGGCACGUCUCCUUCGCUUCACUGCCUCGGCCUUGGCCCGGGACAGUGAGCACGUCGGGCCCCGGUGCAGGUAGGCCGCCUGCUUCUCUGCCAGAGGCCAGUAGACACAGUCCCUAGAAGCAGCCUUCGCUGUCUUUUUACACUGUAUGCGGUUUGGAAAUGAAUGUAAAGACGUACUGUGGGCAUUUACCUUUCUGGGCCAGUUCAGCUUCUGCUGCCGGGACCUUAUGCUGACCUGGGUCGGGGUGGGGGGGCACUGGCUGCUGCGGGGCCAGUGCCAAAUCCACGUGUGGAGAGUGGGAGGCCGGCGCUGAUACGGGCCGAUCACUGGUCAGGGGAGAGGCUUGGCGCCUUCUUGGAAAAAAUCAUGUCUAAGGGUGCGCAUCUGCCAUGAUCAUGCCAGAUCGGAGAAGCCCCAAGCCAGGAAGAGGGGCGUGAAGCAAACUGCAUUAUCAAGAGUACCUUGGUGAGAGGAUCAGUGUAAAUCCUAAUAGGUACAAAGACUUUUGUGUUUUUGCUUUGUCACAGAUUUAUUGAAAAACUUUUUGCUUCUGCUUCCGUUUUUAGCAUUUUGGUUUUCAUUUUUGAAGCCCCAAUGCCUUUUAAACUCAUGUGGUUGUCUUUCUCCUUUUCCUCCCUCUCUCUGUCUCUGACCACCCACCCCACCCUGCACCAUACUGUUGUUGAACUUUUUUAAAGACCUGUCCCCAACAUUGGAAAUACACCUAAGCAGGAGAAAACAGUGUGAUAGUUUCUGACUUGGUGUUAAGGGGUCUUCAUUAUCAAGAGUUGAAAUUUAUUUGUGGAACACUAGACAUCACAAACACUAUAUUGUACCAUCAAAAUUCCUCACAUUUCUCUAAUAUGGAGCUUUAGUACAAUCACGGGUAACAUUCUGGUGAUUAUUUAGGGACUUUUUUAUACACCACAUAAUAGCUUCUUUUUCUAUAAAAAGAGUGCCUCUUUCACAAAACCAAUGCUUGUUGGCCAGUAUACUUUCCAAAGGGAAUCACUGUUUUUGCAAUUUUUUCUACUAUCAAUCAAUCAAUCAUUAUUAUCUCUUCCCUUCACCCGAAGCCUUCCCAAAAUUCAUCAGCAAGCAUUUGAGGCCUGUGGUGUACUAGACACAAUUUUCUUUUCAAACUUCGAUUCCAUUUUAAUUAUACCAUCUCUGUCCGUUUACCCAGUGUCUUGGUUUUGAGUGUAUUAUUUGAUCCUUAUCUUUGUUCAGGCAGAAAUAAGAAUGGGUAAUUUUGAGUUUAAAAUCUCUCCCAGAAGACAAAACUACUUCAGUGGGUGAAAGCUUUGGCAUUUUAUGUUUUAUUCAUAAAGGGGGUUAUUUGAUAUGAAAAAGUAAUGUCUCUAAAUAUUCCAUCUUUGGUUUGAAAAUAUCCAUAACAACUUGUAUAGACCCUAAAGCAGGAGAGCUUUCCUGUCCGUCAUUUUCCCUUUGCUUUUGUAUGACCACAUGUUUUCUGUACCAGUCACUUGGGAAAGAAGUGAGCUUCUCUCUUAAUUAAUUGUUUAGAGUUUUGCUUGUCUAUUUAGCAUUCCUUUUUGAGUCUCAAGAUUUAUGGAACAAUAAAUGUCAUUUUUAAUGCUG